AUGUCGAGCCUCAGUCCCUUACAGAUUAUCUUGAAAGAAAACCAAUUAACCAGUCCCAACUAUGUUGAUUGGAAAAGAAACUUGGAUAUUAUACUCACUGUACAAGAUUACAAGUUUGUUCUUAGUGAUCCAGAACCUAUACUCCCUGAACCUGAAACCACAGUAGGUGAGCAUGCAAGGUGGAAAAAGGCUAAUGAUAUGGCCAAGUGCUAUAUCAUGGUUUCUAUUUCCAAUGUAUUGCAUCACCAAUAUGAGGGCUUUGAGAAAGCUGCUGAGAUCAUUAAUGGUCUAAAAGAGAUGUUUUUUGAACACAAUCGUCCCACCAAAGCGGAAGCUACUAAAAAUCUAAUGAACACUAAGAUGCAAGAAGGAACUCCAUUCGUUUGCACAUUUCAAGUUGAAUGUCAAAAUGAAUAA